AUGGACGAAGAAGACGAUGACUUCUAUGAUCCCGUCGAUACGGUCCCGGCGACCCAAUCGCAACAUCCACCUCAAAAUGAGACCCAGGAAGACAACCACAUAGACGACGAGGAGGAAGUUGAAGAAGAUGACGACGAUGAUUUCAACAUCAUUACAGAAGCCCCCGAAGGCGCGCCACCACCCGAGCCCUCCCAUCCUCGCCAUGCGAGCCUACGACAAGAGCCGUCAAGGCCAAAUUCCACCGAUCCAGGCUCGGUAGCGAUGUCUGCGACUCCGUCCGCGACGCCACGACACGAGAACACGACUCCGCAAGUCGGCCACCCAACCACAGAUGCUUCGAACGAAAAGCCCGGCUCUGCCUACCCGGCCAUUCGCAGCUCAACCAUUGAUGUCGAAGCGAACCCUGUUCACCCUACGACCGGGAAGCCCAUCAUGUCCACCGACAUGGACGCCGAUCUCCCUGGCGACGACAAGCCCUGGCGACGACCGGGAACAGAUCUCUCAGACUACUUCAACUACGGAUUUGAUGAAUUCACCUGGUCAGGUUACUGUCUUAAACAGCAAGGCGUGCGCCAAGAAGUGAACAGUCAGAAGAAGCAAAUGGACGAUAUGCAGGCUUUCAUGGGCAUGGGUAUGCCACUGCCCGGUGGACCCCCCGCUGCCCCCGCCAGUGCCGCUCCCCCGAUGCCUGGAAUGCCCGGCAUGCCCGACAUGAAUCCCGAUAUGAUGCAAGGCAUGCUAGCAUCCAUGAUGUCGCAAGGCUUGGACCCUUCUGCCAUGGACCCCAUGGCCUUCAUGCAACACGCGCAGUCCAUGAUGCCCGGCGGAGGCCAGCAAGGGCAAGCUGGCUUUAGCGGCCAAGCUCAGAACCAGGGCUUCAACCAAGGUGGCCAGGGCCAGAUGGGCUAUGGAGGAUAUGACCAACGUGGGGGUUACGGUGGUGGACGAGGUCGUGGACGCCGAUGGUAG